AUGGCAGCAAAAGGUGAGGCUCCAGCUAUUGGCAUUGAUCUGGGAACAACUUAUUCAUGUGUUGGCGUUUGGCAACAUGAUCGGAUUGAGAUCAUAGCCAAUGAUCAAGGAAACAGAACGACACCGUCCUAUGUUGCUUUUACUGAUACCGGGCGGUUGAUCGGCGAUGCUGCAAAGAAUCAAGUCACCAGCAAUCCAAUCAACACCGUUUUCGAUGUGAAGCGAUUGAUUGGCAGAAAAUUCAGUGAUGCAUGUGUCAAGAGUGAUGUCAAAUUAUGGCCUUUCAAGGUUCAUGGUGUGGGUGACAAGCCUACGAUUGUGAUAAACUACAAAAAUGAAGAGAAGCAAUUUGCCGCAGAAGAGAUAUCUUCAAUGGUUUUGAGUAAGAUGCGUGAAAUUGCAGAGACUUACCUUGGAAUGACAGUCAAUGAUGUUGUUAUAACAGUCCCAGCAAACUUUAAUAAUUUUCAGCGACAGGCUACAAAAGAUGCCAGUAUGAUAGCAGGGAUGAAUGUGAUGCGUAUCCUUAACGAGCCAACAGCCGCAGCUAUUGCAUACGGUCUUGAAAAAAAGACAACGACUAUUGGUGGUAAUAAUGUUCUCAUCUUUGAUCUCGGUGGUGGUACCUUCGAUGUUUCUGUACUUAAAAUUGAAGACGAGGUUUUUGAGGUAAAAGCUACUGCGGGAGAUACACAUCUUGGGGGUGAAGAUUUUGACAAUAGAAUGGUGAGCCAUUUUUUGCAAGAGUUCCAGAAGAAACACAAGAAGGACAUCAGACAUGACCUCAAAGCAAUGAGAAAACUGAGAACAACUUGUGAGCGAGUAAAACGGAUUCUUUCUUCAACUGUUGAAACCACCAUUGAGAUUGAUUCUUUAUUUGAGGGUAUCGACUUCCACUCUAAAAUAACAAGAGCGAAAUUUGAAGAGCUCAACAUAGAUCUCUUUGAAAAAUGUAUGAAGACUGUGAAGGACUGUGUGACCGAUGCCAAACUGGAUAGGAAUAUUAUUCAUGAUAUUGUUCUUGUUGGUGGAUCUAGUAGAAUUCCCAAGAUACAACAACUACUGCAAGAUAUAUUUGAUGGCAAGGAGCUUUGCAAGAGCAUCAAUCCUGAUGAAGCAGUUGCAUAUGGUGCUGCCAUACAAGCCGCAAUUUUGCGAGGUGGUAUUGAGAAAGUGCAGGACUUGCUCUUGUUGGAUGUAAUUCCACGUUCACUAGGUUUAGAGCUUGAGAGUAGAGAAUUUGACGUUUACAUCCCAAAAAAUAGUACCAUUCCCACCAAGAGAACUAAAGUUGCCACAACUAGAUUCACAAACCAAUCUUUUUUGAUACUUUCUGUGUAUGAGGGCGAAGAAACAGUAGCCCAAAAAAACAAAUUGUUGGGUUAUUUUGAGCUCCAUGGAAUUCCUCGUGGUCCAAUAGGGAAACCUCAGAUUAUUAUUUGUUUCGAGAUUGAUGCCAAUGGAAUUUUAAUUGUCUCUGCUGAGGAAAAACGACUUCGUAUCAAGAACAAGAUCGUAAUUUCCGAUUAUAAAGAAGGAUUAUCUAAAGUGCAAAUUGAGAAGAUGAUAAAGGAAGCGGAGAAAUGCAAGUUAAUGGACGAGGAAUAUAACAAGAAAGUGGAGGCUAAGCCUGCAUUGGAAGACUGCAUAUAA